AGCAUCCUGAAGACACCGGCCCUACAGACCCGGCGAGAGCCGAAGAGGAGUGAGGAGCCACAGCCAGACUGGGGGGAGGCGGAGCACCAGGGUUCGAUGGCACCGACCACCAGCCACUCACCCUCAACGCCGCCAAGGUCACAGGCCCCAACCCGGGAGGUCCUUGAGAGGGCGGAGGAGUUGGAUCCCGAAACUGAGGCAGCAUCAACAGUGAGACGUGCCCGCCGCCUGGACAGCACAGACAGCCUGGGGGGGAUGUCACCCUCCGAAGCCAUGGUGCUCCAAUGCAAGAACAUUCCAGCCAGUCUUAACAGCAAGGACAUCCUGGGGGAACAUUUCCGCCAGUUCGGACGUGUGCAGCGGAUCUUCUGCAGGCCCCAGAAGAACCUGGCCAUAGUGCACUUCCACGACCAUGCUUCUGCUGCCAAAGCCAAGAAGAAGGGCAAACUGCUGCGCAGGCAUGAGCUCACCAUCUUCUGGCAGAGGAAGAAGCAGAGUCCAGGAGAGAAGGGCCAAAGGCCUCCAGAUGACCCUGAUCCUCAGAGCCAGGCAGGAGGCUUUGAGUCAGCCCCUGUCUGCAAAGCCCUCUCCAAAUCCACCUCCGGCUGGUCCUCCAGCUCAUCCCUAUCCAGAGGGUCACCAGCCAAGAAACCCCUGGCGACAAAGGCCCUGCAGUUUGAGAGUGAGCCGCAGAUGGAGCCCAGCCCAGACGGCCUCGAAUCCGAACAUCUAGCCAGCAGCCUCCCCUCUCCCCUCUUCCACCUGAUUGGCCAGGUAGCUGAAACCGCAAGGACCGACCUGGAUCUGUCCAAGGUGUUUGUGGGUACGUGUCCUGACAUGUGUCCGGAGAAGGAGCGUUACAUGAGGGAGACCCGGAACCAACUGAGCUCUUUUGAGGUCAUCCCCAACACGGAGAAGGUGGACCACACUGCUGCCAUUAAGGAGUACAGCAGGUCCUCUGCUGACCAGGAGGAGCCCCUCCCCCAUGAACUGCGGCCCCUUACUGUGCUGAACAUGACCAUGAACUACCUGGUUACCCAGGUCAUGGACCAGGGUGAGGACAACUACCGUGACUGGUAUGACUUUGUGUGGAACCGCACACGAGGUAUCCGGAAGGAUAUCACUCAGCAGCACCUGUGCGACCCGCUUACGGUGUCCCUUAUUGAAAAGUGCGCCCGCUUCCACAUCCACUGCGCACACCACCUGUGCCAGGAGCCCAUGAUGUCCUUUGAUGCUAAGAUCAACAAUGAAAACCUGACCAAAUGCCUGCAGAGCCUCAAGGAGAUGUACCAGGACCUGGCCAGCAAGAACAUCUACUGCCCUCAUGAGGCAGAGUUUCGGCAGUACAGCGUGCUCCUGAAGCUCAAUGAUGGAGACAUCCUCCGGGAGGUGCAGCAAUUCCGGGCGGAGCUCCGAAACUCUCCGGAGGUGAAGUUUGCCGUCCAGGCCUUUGCCGCUGUCAACAGCAACAACUUCGUGAGGUUCUUCAAGCUGGUCAAGGUGGCCUCGUAUCUGGCUGGUUGCAUCUUGCACCGCUACUUCGACCAGGUGCGCCGUGAGGCUCUGCGGGCCCUGAAUGUGGCCUACAGCUCCCGUGGUUCCACCACAUUCCCGGUCGAAGACCUGGUCCGGAUGCUCAUGUUCCAGAAUGCCGGCGAGGCUUCGGACCUCGCGCUGCAGUAUGGGCUCGCGGUCGAUGCAGGCAUGGUGGAGCUAAGCCGGACAGCGUACCAGGAGCCUGAGAUCCAGCCACGUCCAAAGCGCUCUGUGGCCAUCGCAAGGAAGCGGGAGGUGCUGGUGGGCCAAGUGGUCAACGGCGCGCCACUGCCCAACCCACCCCAACACACACCCGUCAACAGCUUUGACAGCCGCAACAAGUACCGUGGGGAUGGGCAGCCAGCGGAGGCAGGCAGUGUGCCCAGGGCUGCAGCCUCCCCUCAGAGGCCCCCCAUUGAGCUGGAUGCGCGGGCCCUCCAGCACCGAUCCAAGAUGCCGAGCGACCCAGCGGAGUCAGCUGGCCUCCCUGGUAGAGAGGAGAGUGGAGCACUUGGGGCAUCUCCGUCGGAGGCACCACCAGUCGCCCCACCUACGCCUCCCCCACCGGAGCCCGUUUACACAGAGCAGGACAUCGCCACGGAGGUAGAGGCCAUGCUGGAGGAGGUAGUGCAGGCCGAGGUGGCUGACGUGGCUGCCACCGAAGCCGAGUACAUCUCUGCUGCACUCAGCAUGUGCAACGGCCAGGUGGAGGCAGUGCUGAGUGAGGUGGUGGAGCAGAUGCUGCGGGAGGUUUCUGCUGCCGAGAUCCAGGCAGAGAGGGAGCAUAUCGCUGAGGAGAAGCGCAGGAUGGAGGAAGCCAGGAGAAAGCAGGAACACGAGGAGCUCCUGGCCCGGCUCAGCAAGACACUGUGUGCCGAGAUCACACAGGAGGUGCUGCGCGACUGCAUCGUGGAGACUGCCUCAACAGAGAUCAGGCGUGCCCAAGAAGAGCAGGCAGAAUGUGUGGCUCGCAGCUCACAAGACGUGUGUGAGGUACUGCUGGAGGAGACGCUGUGUGGUGAGCUCACCCUGCUGGCCCAAGACGUCCUGGAAGCAGAGCUUCUGAGUAUACGCAGGUUCAUCAAAAGGUGGCGUGAUGUGGUGGCCGUGCGCAGGCAGCUGAAGCGACAGAUGCGUGAUUUUCCUGCUGCCCCUGGCUGUGUGGACCCCCGCUUCAGGCUGCAGGCCUUGGCCCCCAGUGCCCCCCCCUCACCCUGCCUGGACAGGCUGGCCCGGGGCGUGGUCAACCUGGGGCACGCUGGGGACCUCUCUGUUAUGGGCGCCCUGCUGAUGCUGCUGCCCUCGGCAGUCAGUCCCGGGGCUGAUGAGGAAGACGGGGACAUCUUCCUGUUAUCCGCCCUGCUGCAACUCCGGCAGAUCCAGCAGGCUAAUGCCUGGCCACAGGCCCUUCCUCUGGUGGUGGUGGUCCCAGGGCAGGCUGGGCACAGGGCCAGCGAUGAACGGCUAGAGGAAGACCUGAUGCUUCAGACACUCAUUGAGGAAGGUUUGAUUUCAGAGUACAUGUUCGUCCAUAUCCCCGAGACCACGAACGAACCCCAAGGAUCCGAGCAGAUCCGCCAUGCCGUCAGGUGGCUCGCUGCCCGCUCCACGGCACCAGCCCGGCUCGUCUCGCAGACGUUGGUGCAGGUUGUGGAGGCCGGGCUCUGCCGCGAGUUUGCUGGUAGGCUUCACCGUGAUCGGAGGGACCGUGACAUGGCGGGACUGCCCUCCCAGGGCCCUGCACCCGUCAUCGGCCUCUACAACACUGUCCUGGCUUUCUUGGCUGGCCUUGUGUCGUCCCCGAGUCUGGCUGGCCUCUCCUGGCCCGUGGCAGAGUUCUCGGUGCCAGGGGGUGGUGACUGCCUACCACAUCUGCUCUGGAACUCGGCUGAGCACCUGGAGUGGCUCCAGGGGGCAGUCCUGAGCCUGCGGCUGCCCGACUGGCCGCUGCCAGCCGUGGGGGCUCCUUGGAGCCAGCUGGUUGCCUCCAUCUUCCAGUACGUAUCUCAAAUCCCAUGGUCCCGCCACAGCCAGCCACUCCUUAUGUCCCAGUUGGAGAACCUUUUGGAGAGGCUGCGUCAGGACUGUGUGGGCCGAGGUGGGGGGCCGGACAAGGAGCCCACUUUCUGGGAGGUGCCCUGGGACGAAAUUGUCAUGCUCUGUGUAGAGCACCAACUCCGGGACUGGAACCCUCCUGGGUGCCCCGUGAGUGAAGAUGUCAUCAGUGACGACGGAGAAAUCUCGGUGUAUUUCCUGAGCGAUGGGCUGCAGGGCUUCAUACCGCCGUCCUGCUGGGUGGAUGCCGUAAAGCAGACGCACAGGGACAAGCAGCAGGGGAAGGCAGGGUGUCACCAGAGCAUGUGGCCUCAUCCUCGACUGGCCAGGCCACGUCUUCAACAGAAGCUGUUUCACAGCAUGGUUGAGGACCCUGAGUCCGGAUCCGGUGUUGCCCCUGUUUUGGAUGCUGCCUCCAGCCCCCAGGACCUCCUGGCUCGCAUUGAGGAGGAGAAAGAACAGAGCCGCAGGUUCGAGGACCAGCUGCGUACCUGGCUUGACGUCGAGUCCCUGGGCCCUUCCUCUUCCUCCUCACCACUUUUCUUGCCUUCUUUGUUACUGUCUGUACCGGAGAUCGUAGUGCCCUCCCCAAAGAUGGCUGCCCCACCUGCACUUGCCCUGCAGAAGGAGCGCAGUGUCCGCAGUGACCAGGCCAGGGGAGCUGCCAGUUCUAUGGCGAGGCGUCUACAGGAGCUGGAGCAGCUGAUCUCUGCAAGCCGGGAGGAGGAGCUCGCAUGUGAGCUGAAGCUAAGCUGCCUUCUGGACAUUGUUGAUGACUGAGUGUCAUGUGACCCACCUGAUGUCUGCCGUUGACUGCCACAAGUUGUCUCUCUUAUGCCUGAUUUCUGCAGUAUAUUUAGUUGUGUGGUACUUGUGCAUAUAUUGCUUUGAAGAGUAUGAUGUACAGUAAUUUACACAACAUUGGGAGUGUUGUAACUGGGGGAAAAACAUGUCAUAGGAAAUGGACAGUUUUUUAGGGUUUUUUUUUUUGUGCAAAUUUUAAAUAUUAAAAUGUUAUUGUAUUUAGAAACCCAUGGCUAUUUCUUUGUUUUUUUUCCAUCAUGAAACUUUGUUUAUUGUACUUUUAAAUUGAAUCACAAUUUGCUGCAGAAUCUUUAAAACCUGUGACGUUAUUUGCCCAUAUUAGACACUCAUACGUGGGGUUGUUACUGCUGUUUCUUUAACCUUGUGUAUUGUUGGUCAAAAUUAACAAUUUAGGUAAUAUCUGCAUUGUACACCAUUGCAAAAGUAUGUCUUUUUUUAGAUUCUUAAAGAAAUGUCAUGCAGCUCAAUUAUAUAUUCAUGUAAUUGAACUGAAGAUCACAGCAGUUCACUAAGCAGUCUGCCACUGAGUUCCUUUUAUAAACUGGCUGGCUGGUUUUUAAGAAAAUAUGCCCGUGGAUGCCCUACA